UUUGGAAGGAGGAGGAGGAAGAGGAGGAGGAGAAGGUGGAGGAGUGGGAGGUUGAAGAGGAAGAGGAGGUUCCUCUGAGGCCACAGCCCCCGAGAGCCACGGGCAGCCCUGUGAUCCCCGGCGUGCUGAUGGGUCCGGACACACAGAAGGGUCUACCAACCUGCCUUCUCUGUACCUGCAUGGGGGGCUCAGUCUACUGCGAUGAUGUGAAGCUGGAGACAGUCCCGCCCCUGCCCAAAGAGACCACUCACUUCUACGCUCGCUUCAACAAAAUUACCAAGAUCAACAAGGAGGACUUUGCUCACAUGAACAAGCUGAAGAGGAUCGAUCUGACCAGUAACCAGGUCUCCCAGAUCGACAGGGAUGCCCUUGUCAAGCUGCCCGCCCUGGAGGAGCUGCUGGUGAGGGAGAACAGCUUGGCACAGCUGCCACCGCUGCCCGCCACCAUGACCCUCCUCGAUGCCAGCCACAACAGGCUGGGAAGCAGAAGCAUCCAGAGAGAGGCUUUCAAGGAUAUGACCAACCUGCUGUACCUCUACCUGACCGACAAUGAGAUAGACCACAUUCCCUUGCCGCUGCCGCACAGUCUGCGCUCCCUUCACUUGCAGAACAACAACAUCCAGAUUAUACACGAGGAUACUUUCUGCAACUCACAUGAUCCCAAAUAUAUUCGCAACGCGCUGGAGGAUAUCCGACUGGAUGGCAACCCAGUCAACUUGAGCAAGACCCCACAGGCCUAUGUCUGCCUGCCCCGUGUACCCAUCGGGGACCUAAUCUAAAUACACACACACACACACACACAUACACACACACACACACACACACACACACACA